GGGGGUUGGUAGUUGCACAGAGGUUGCACAAGCACAGAUGGUCACAUUAGAUGGAUUAAUAACAACCACAAUAAAAAGAUGUGGUAGGUAUUAGUGAAAGGUGAACGGUUUUACAAAACCACAAAAACAUUAGCUCACUUCUUGAGACUGCUUGUCUUCAUCCUCCCACAGAAUAAAUCUAAAUAUAAUAGACUCACCAGGGCCAAUAUUUGUUUUUGUUUCACCAAUGGUAAUAAUAAUAAUAUAGUGAACUUAAUGGUAACUCACAUGGCGUGAUAUAUGGUUGUAAUGUAAUCGUGAUGAUAUUUUUAACGACGCGCGGUGUAAACACAACGGUGCAACAACAGGCACAGUGGGCCCCCCUCCAUUAGUCUACUUCUGCAUGUCAACUGAGGUUCUUCAAGUUAAGCAUUUUUUUUCUCUCUCUCAGUCAGUGUGCGGUACAAGCUCAUGUGUGUGUGUGUGUGUGUGUGUGUGUGUGUGUGAACAUAGCAACAUUACACAAUGGAGGUAUCUUGAGAGAGGAGGGCGCUUCCCUUUUCCCACAGUUUCACAAACAGCAAAACUGUUGUAGUAUUUUGUGGACGGACGUUGACCUCAUACACUGACCUACAGUCAGGUGGCCAUCUCUAUAUUGGGUGAAACACUAAUCACUCACUGUGUACAAGUUUUGAGUAAUCACUUAAAUCACAUGACUGAGAUCUCAGCCCUGUAACCCUGAAAUGGUGUGUGUGUGUGUGUGUGUGUGUGUCUGGAUGCGUGUGUGUGUUCUUGCAGCAUGUGGAGUCAACAUAUGAUUCUAUAUAUUACUUAUUACACAAGCAUAUACUAUAAUCUGUCAUAUACACUCAUUACUUUCCAACUCAACUCCUCAGGCUGAUGAUUUUUAUAUUCUGGUUCUUAUCACCUAUGAACACUGAGGCCAUUCUCUAGUAAUGUUUGCUUAAAACUGAAAUUCCCGUCUGUUUAAAAAAAAGUUGUUUGCCCCCCUCUGUUUAUCUGUGAUUCCGUUUUUUUUAGGAGAGACAGACACAGAGACAGCAGGAGAGAGUAGAGCUACACACUAAUUUGUGUGGAAAAACACAGUAAGGUCAUUUAAAUCCCUUAAAAAGCAUUUAUUCAUCCACCACUGACAGCCUGGCUGCGAUCACUUUUUGUAAAACCGUAUGUUACUGGUUUUACUGGCCCUAUAAAGGUAUUUCAACAGGUAAAAAAUGACCAGGUAGGUUAUAAUCCACAUCUACGGGUGGUUUGUGUAUAGAAUAAAGCCAUUUCUCUCUGUUGUAGUUACGUUUUGUAAUUAUCUGUAAUUGUUUAAAAAUGGGGACCUGUUUUCUCAGUAGGUCAAAAACAUCUCCAUAUCUCCAUAAGAAACAAACAAACAGCCUUGCGUCAGCGUGGUGCCAGGAGCCUCAGGGUUGGUAUACUAGUUGUCCAUGGAGUGGGUAGCAGCUCCCUCUGGUUUCUCCCACAAUAACUGCCGGUGGCUUUUUUUUCCUCUUGUAAACGUGUGUGUGGUUGUAGAAAUACAAUAUGGCCAAAUGGCAAAUGGACGGUGUGGGGUUGAUUUGUUGAAGUGUAUUUGAUUAGUGACAGUACCUAAGGGCAGAUUCAGUCCAAUUAAUCCCAAACAUAGCCUGCGGCUAUACCAACAUCUCUGAAACCAGCAGAAAAAUAUUUCCACAUCCAUCUUCAUGCAACAUACAAAAACAUCAAGUUCAAUAACACUAAUUUCACCAAUAACACUUCAUUGGCCACAACUGGGACUAUAUUACCACAAGAAAUGUUGAAGUUGACAAAAUCAUACUUAUGCUAUUACCACAAACGUCCCGUGCAUUUGCCCAUUUUUACUCUUUGAUACAGAUAAUAGCCGGGAUAGACAAGGGUGUCAUUCUCAUAGGUAAUUAAUAACUGAAACCUGACUUCACUUUUCACUGAGGAGGUCACCAAAGAAACAAGACAUAGUUGCCCGUAUGCAUGCACAUGAAAAACUUUUGGUCAAGUUUGAUCAAGUUUUGGAGCAGAUCCAGAUAAAUGGGCAUGAUGCAGGAAUCUUUUUUUUCAGUUUGGCCUUGGCGUGGUAUGUGCUCUUCGAACACCCUUCCAGUUUUGUUUUUGUAUUAAUCAUGUGUUGGUGUUCAUUUUCAGAACUUCAAGCUAUCUAUUAUAUAAAUAUUACUUUUCCUAUGUGAAAAAUAUAAUUGGUUUCAAGGUUUCCCCUCAUCUUACCAGAAUCUGAAGUACUUUAUUCUGCUCCGGACGCUCAUAACCACCACACUUCUUAUGUCGCUGCUCCGCCCCUGGCCGUAAACUUUUGCCAGACUUCUGUAACCGGCUGUGCCACUCACUGUUUGCUGCUGAACUGGUAGCAGCAAGUCUUCUUUUUUUCAUUAGUUCCUUUUUGCAAGUUUCCUUUCUUUGCAUUUCAGCAUUUUUCCCACUUCUACGCGUAGUGAGUAUGGCCGUCAGUGCGGACCCAAAGGUGGUUGUCAUAAUAGGAUGUGGAAUUGCAGGUAUUACAGCGGCUCACAGGCUCAUUAAAGCUGGAUUCCAUGUGCGGAUACUUGAAGCGACCACAAGAAGCGGGGGAAGAUUAAAGACAGGGAUGUUGGGUAAUACCAUUACAGAGAUCGGUGCAUGUUACAUCCAUGGUGCAUCUGAGGAGAACCCAGUGUUUUGUUUGGCUCGUGACUAUGGCCUCCUCAAUCCAGAGGCCCUCACUGAGGAAAACCGGGCCAUGGAUGUUGGGGAACGACCUCCCUGGGUGCCCAACUGGUUCAGCAGUUCAGGUCAGAAGCUGAGGGCUGAACAAAUGAAUCCUGCUAAGGAGAUGUUUGUUGAGCUACUGAAGGAUAUUUCACAAGUUACAAAUCAAGAAGAAACACAGUGGGCCAGCAUAGGGCAUUUCAUACGAUCAGAGGCACCCAAGCAAGCAGCAGAGAGGUGGAAAGAUAAGAACAAAACCACCAGGGAGCUUCUUCUGUGUGCGAUCAGCACCAUGUUGAAGGUGGAGUGCUGUGACGGUGCGACUAAUAGCAUGGGUGACGUGGACCUGGUGGGAUAUGCUGCGUUCAAGAAUCUAAUAGGACUCGACUGCACAUUGCCAUGUGGCUUCGAAGGCCUAAUCGAGAAGUUGAUGUCGGAGCUCCCCAGUGGUUCAGUGUCUUACAAUCAGCCUGUGCGCUGUGUCCACUGGAACGACACAGGGAGUGGAGUAAACGCGGUGACGGUUGAGUGUGAUGAUGGGGAGAGGGUGGCUGCUGAUCACGUUAUUGUCACAAUACCUCUAGGAUACCUUAAGAAGCACCACUCGACACUGUUCUGUCCUCCUCUCCCGGCAAACAAGCUGCACUCAAUCCAGAAACUGGGAUUCGGAACAUGCAACAAAAUAUUUGUGGAGUUUGAAUCACCUUGGUGGGAUCCUGACUGUGAGAUCAUUUACUUGCUAUGGGAAGAUGAGAAGGACCCUUCAGACCAAGUGUCAGAUAUAAGCAAAUUAUGGAUACGAAAGAUGGCAUCUUUCACUGUGCUCCCACCGUCUGAAAGGAACAGCCAUGUUCUCUGUGGCUGGAUUGCUGGGCAUGAGUCGGAGUAUAUGGAGACACUCAGUGGGCAGGAGGUCAGACGUUCCAUCACGGAGCUCGUCCGUACAUUCACUGGAAACCCUACCAUCACGCCGAGGAGAAUCUCAUGCUCCCGGUGGUUUCAUGACCCCUGGACAUGUGGAUCUUACAGUCACGCAGCAGUUGGAAGUUCAGCACAGGACCUGGAGAACAUGAUGGAGCCCCUGCCCUUGAAGGGAUCACAGUCUCAGCCUCUGCAGGUGUUGUUCGCUGGAGAGGCCACUCAUCCCUACCACUACUCCACCGUCCAUGGAGCUCUUCUCAGUGGGCGGAGAGAAGCUGACCGGCUCAUCGCUCACUACUCCCCCACCAGUUCCCAAGUGCCUGCUUCAGCCUUGGCUGGAGGUUUUAUGUUUUUUUGCCUGUAUGUCCACUUUUCUGUCAGCUGUCAAGUUGCAUUUGCACUGGAUUUUGAUUACGAAAGAAAAAUGAUAGAAGGAAUAAAAACACCAUACCUCUGAUUGUGGUA